GCGGACCGUAUAUAUCUUGCUCAUUACCAGAACCGUUAAACAUACAAAAAUUUGAUUAAUAACGUGUCUAUCUGUUCAAUUAUAGGCAAAACAUAUAUAUUUUCGACAUGGCAACUUUUCAAGAAAAACAAGGCCAACGCAGAAUUAAAAUGCGUACUGGAAACUUCUUCUCCCGUAUGUGGAAUGCCGUAAUUUUCGGUUUUGGAGCAGCCAUUGGUGCCACAGUAGCCAACGCAGCUCUAGGUGCUUGCUGUGGCUAAAUAGCGUCUCGGAAUACCCGUUAGUACCGUGUCACUCAAGCAAUGUCUUCUCGUGGUACAACGUCUCUUCCUAGUGAUUCAGUAAAUGUUCAGGGUCAAUAUCGCGUUUAUAUUGUCAUCUCCGAUGUUCACUGCUCGUAACGAACGACUAAAAAUGCCUGUUUUUCAACACUGUCGGCUUCCUUUGUUUCGCGUUUCAUCUUUUAAAGCUUAAUAAGCUUAAGCUUGGUUUAAGCCAAUGAUAGAACCGUCCUUGACAUUGUAUCCCUUUACUUUGUCCUGACUAUCCUCUCCUGUGCUUUACCGUCACGCGCUUUUAUGAACGUUUUAUUUCUUUUUAACGAUUAUAAGCACUUUUUAAUGAUAUUAAUGGGGUAGCAAAUUAAAGUUUGCGACAGAGUGUCUU